UUACUAUUCAAUUACUACGGAUACUACCCCUCCGGUUCCUAUCCCUCUUUCUCGUUCCCGCCAUUUGCCAGUCACUGGCGCCUGACUCGCAGUUGAUGUACACCUCCCGCUUGUGUUCAAGUUAUUUUGCCAAGAAUCUGCUCCUCUUCCACAGUCUUGCGUCUCCCCUUACAGCCAGUUCGAUUCCAUUUUCUCUUCGCGCUAAACGUAUCUCUUUCGAAUCCCUAAUCUUGUCCUCAAACCCUAACCUCAGAUCAAUGUCCACUCGCCGCUCAGCGUUCGAUGUCCUGAUGGCCAAUUCCAAAAAGAAAACCCAAACCCAGACUCUCCAAGCCAAAGAAUCUUCGCCUAAGAAACGGAAAGCGGUUGAAAAUGACACCCAGGAGCGGAAGUUCAUGGAAAAGUCCACCCCCAGUCCAGCUCCUGGGGAGAAUGCCCUUUCCAAUUCAGGGGCGGUUGAAAAUGCCCCUUCUGUAAAUGGGGGGAUAAACGGUAAGGUUGUCUCAGGUGCAGGAGAGGAAGUGGCAGCUAAGAAAGCUAAGUUUUUAAGUCCUGAUGAGAGCGUACAGGAGCUGAAGAAGAAGAGUUUUGAUCCGAGAAAGGCAGCUUAUUGGGCAGCUGGCGCAAGAGUGCCCUUCAUGUUUGUAGCCAAGGCUUUCGAUGCAGUUGCAGAGGAGUCUGGGCGGAUUGCCAUCACCGAAAUCGUGACGAAUGCCUUAAGGACAGUCAUUCAUACGACACCAGAUGACUUAUUGCCUGUAGUUUACCUUUUCGCAAACAAGAUUGCACCUGCACAUGAGGGGUUGGAGCUCGGAAUUGGAGAUGCAUCAAUUAUUAAGGCCCUUGCCGAGGCUUGUGGGGCUAAAGAAGCUCACAUCAAGAAGCAGUACAAGGAUUUGGGUGACUUAGGCCUUGUUGCAAAAGCGAGUCGAUCGUCUCAGUCUCUGAUGCGUAAACCGGAAGCAUUAACUGUUGCCAAAGUUUUCAAUACAUUUCGAGUUAUAGCUAAGGAAUCUGGCAAGGAUAGUCAAGAUAAGAAAAAAAAUCAUAUCAAGUCGUUACUAGUUGCAGCUACUGAUUGUGAACCUCAGUAUUUAAUCCGACUACUUCAGACAAAGUUACGUAUUGGUUUGGCAGAACAAACUCUUUUGGUGGCCCUGAGCCAUGCUGCCGUAUACUCUGAGAAGCAUCCUUCACCUCCUAUAGAAGAGGCUGAGAAGAUUGUCAAACAAGUUUAUUCUGUGAUUCCAGUAUAUGAUAAAAUCGUCCCUGCUCUUCUUUUGGAUGGUGUUUGGAACCUUCAAAAGACAUGCUCUUUCUCUCCAGGUGUCCCAGUUGGACCUAUGCUAGCUAAGCCAACUAAAGGAGUAUCUGAAAUCGUCGAGAAGUUUCAAGACAUGGAGUUCACUUGUGAAUACAAGUAUGAUGGUGAGCGUGCUCAGAUUCAUUACUUGGAAAGUGGGUUAGUGGAAAUAUACAGCCGAAAUGCGGAACGUAAUACUGGAAAGUUUCCUGACGUUGUCGCUGCUAUUUCAAGAUUGAAGAAACCCUCCACAACCUCUUUCGUUCUUGACUGCGAAUUGGUUGCAUAUGAUCGUGAGAAACAGAAGAUUCUGCCCUUUCAGAUCUUAAGCACACGAGCCCGCAAAAAUGUUGUUGUGAGUGAUAUAAAGGUGAAUGUUUGCAUCUUUGCAUUUGACAUUCUGUAUCUUAAUGGACAACCGCUUAUCCAGGAGCAGCUUAAUGUUCGUAGAGAGCACCUGUAUAAUUCAUUUGAGGAAGAGCCCACCUAUUUUCAAUUUGCCACAAAUAUUACAUCCAAUGAUCUCGAGGAAAUAACACAGUUUCUUGAAGCUUCUGUUAAUGGCAGUUGUGAGGGAUUGAUCAUCAAAACACUGACCAGAGAUGCUACAUAUGAACCAUCUAAACGCUCAAAUAACUGGCUGAAGUUGAAAAAAGAUUACAUGGAGAGUAUUGGUGACUCCCUCGAUUUGGUACCAAUUGCGGCUUUUCAUGGCCGGGGGAAACGUACAGGUGUUUAUGGUGCUUUUCUCCUUGCUUGUUAUGACAGUAACAAUGAAGAAUUUCAAAGCAUUUGUAAAAUUGGCACGGGAUUUUCUGAAACAAAGCUUGAAGAAUGCUCCACCAGCCUUCGUUCUAAAGUUAUCCCAAAGCCAAAGUCAUAUUACAGGUAUGCCGAAACAAUCAAUCCAGAUGUAUGGUUUGAACCCACCGAGGUUUGGGAAGUAAAAGCUGCAGACCUCACUAUCAGCCCUGUUCACCGUGCAGCCAAUGGUAUUGUGGAUCCUGAAAAGGGAAUCUCUCUGCGAUUUCCACGGUUGAUUCGUAUUCGAGAUGACAAGACUCCAGAGCAGGCCACAUCAGCAGAGAUGGUUGCAGAUAUGUAUACUGCUCAGAAACACAAUCAACAAACUAAUAAUCAGGAUGAAGAUGAAAACUGAAGAACCCAUUCGUCAUACUCCAGUAGUAAAGCUGAAGUCCACUGUAAAGUGCAGAAGUAGCAUCUUGAAACUUAUUUAUGUUAUGGUACUACCUCUGUCCCAUAAUGUAAGAUUAUAUGAGUUUGGUGCGGGUUUUAAGGAAAUAAAGGAUAAAGUGGUUGUUUUACAAUUCCAACAUCCAAAAAGUAAGAAAAAGAAAAAAAUGGAUCCACAAAAAGUAAAAGGUGAAAUGAUAGAUAGAGGGUUAGGACAAAGUGGGAAAGUAAAAAGUUAGUCUAUUCCAAUUUAAGAAAGUGUUCAUAUUUUUGGGACAACCCAGAAUAGAAAGUCUAUCUUACUUGAUGGGACGGAUGAAGUAUUAUCUUGAAACAUUAUGCCAGAGCAACUCUAAAUUCAUCCUCAUUUUUUGGAUCAACCCUGCUAUAGGUACCCCAAUUGGUACCCCAAUUUGUACCUCAACCAAUUUUUGUGGCUCACAAAAGCCCACCUCAAUAAAUGAAUUGCCCCAUUUUAAUGAGGUGCUUUUGUGAGCCACAAAAAUAGGGUGGGGGUACAAAUUGGGGGUACCAAUUGGGGUACCUUAAGCAUUUUUCUUUUUGGAUAGACUACAGAAGGCUUCCAGUGGCUGGUUUGCCAAGGUAGUUGUAUUCAAUAGUAGAUGGCGGGCCAUAGGCACAUUAAAGGGGCUUCCUGUGAUGGGCUUGUACAAGGGUGUGCCAUAUUUCACCGCUCUUCAGAUUGCUAAGGCUGCUUUUUAACUUGAAGUACUGCGUUCAUUUUUCUUUAGGCUCUGUGUGUGGAGUAAAUAUAUGCAAUGUGCCGAUUUAGGCAUCAAGUAGGGUAAUUCUAUUCACAACCCCCAUUUUACUAAACGUAGCCAUUAUAUUUAAAUCUGAUAAAUGAAAUAAUAAAUUGUUCAAUUGUACAUUUGUACCCUUUUGCUCUCAACCACUCCAAAUUUCACGUGUUCUUUUCCUCGCUGCCUUUCAAACUAUCCAAACCUGUCUUCACCAUCAAGCUUAGAAUAGAUUUGUUUUUACCUUGUAGGCUUGUACGUAUUAUCUCAAAGAUAUUGUAUGGGAACAAAGUUAAAUUGUGGUAAACUUCGUAAGAUAUAGCUGGAGAGUAUGAGUGUACGAAAUUAUGAUAGAGUAUUGUAGCUGUCCUUCGGAAGAAGAUUUUCAAAGCCACGAUUGAAUAAUAAAUACUUUGAUAAAAAGGCUCUUCUUUUCGGCCAUUUUAUACUCUUUUCCCAUAAAAACCCAGUUUUAAUCGGGCAAUCCAGCCUGCUUAGCUGCAAUUAAGCCAUGAAGAGAUCUGGGAAGGAGUAGCUCACAUUGACCAGAAUUCCCCAGUGGAAAUCAAAUUUGGGAAAAUCUUCAUUCUGGGUUCUGUUUAUAGCUUUUGUUAAGUGGGAAUUCAAGAAAACACGAAAGAGGAGGAUCCAAGAACCUUGUUCUCCGACUCCAGUUUCUCCAAUUCCUUCCGCAUCUGGGCUUUCCCGCUAUCACAAUCUGCGGUUGUCUAUUUUCAGUUUAUGAACUCUCUCCUUCACGAAAUUGUUUUCACAAAUCAGCUAUAGCUUCUCAUGCUUUUAGUGCGGCAAGCUUUUGGGUCAGUGCAUGUCUCUGCAUCUCAACAUCGUACUUAUCUUCCCCCUUCCAUGCCGAUCUCAGCAUCGUUGAACACUUGAACACAUCCCCCGUCGGUCAGAAGGAUAUAAUUGUACAUUCGACUAUUUUAUUUAUUUUAUAUUUAAAUAUAGUGGUUGUGUUUAGUAAGAUGAUAGUUGUGAAUAAAAUUACCUCAUCAAGUAUAACGCAUGUACAUUUUUCACUGUUUAGUAAUGCUUUUGGGUGAUCAAGUUAGCCCACAAUACAUUCUACUUUGCUCUGUGUUCAUGGGACAAUUCUGCAUUUC